ACCGAGUCCCAUUCCCCAAUCCAGACAUCGUUCUUCGAUAACUCACACGCUCAGCCAUGAACACUCUGCUCGUCCUCGCUGUCACCCUCGCCACCGCCUAUGGAGCGGCCUGCCCUGCCGCCAGUGUCACCCUGGCCUGUGGUCUGCUGGCCAAGCAGACGGCCGGCGUCCUUCACCUGGCCACCCGGCACCCCUCGGGCGUGGCCGACAGCGCCUACGCCUACAACAACAUCAAGGACAUGUGCGACGGCAACCUGGCUCAUAGAUCACAGUAAGUCAUGGCUCAUAGAUCAAAGAAAUUCAUGUCAAAUAGAUCACAGAAAGUCGUGGCUCAUAGAUCACAUAAAUGCAUGGCUCAUAGAUCACAGUCAGUCAUGGCUCAUAGAUCACAGAAAUUCAUGGCAAAUAGAUCACAUUAAGACAUGGCUCAUAGAUCACAUAGCUCAAAGAUCACAGUAAGACACUGAUAAUGAUCAUAGUAAGUCAUUAAGUUGUGAUCCCAUGACCUAACUGUUUUUUUUGGUGUCUUCUUUCAGCUACACCUGCUCCGAGUGCCCAUCUCCUGGCGCCCCAGGUGGCUCUGUUUGCCUGAGCCACAGUCUCCUGGCCUACCUGACCGCCCUCGUCGCCAAGGGACAAGUAACCGUGAGUACAGCUAUAGAUAAUACAACACAAAUGAACUAUUUGCAAAACUUACCCCCCCCCCUCUUAAAAAACAAAAACAAAAACCAAACAAACAAACAAGCAAACAAUCCCACACCACCUUUCCCCGCCCCACCUCAACAUUGCUCCCAUCUCUUGACAACGCCUUUGGAACACUUUUUGUUGUGUAAACAAAUUCACGCAGCAAGCUUCUUUUUUUUUUUUUUUUUAAGAACACCGAUUAUCUUUAGGUGUUUAAACUCAUAAUAACUUCGACAAGGUUUCUGUCCCUGCCCUCGAAACAUUCACUUGGCUCAAUGUAACCAUCCAGUAAUGAUACCCUCCCGUAAUUAUACCACACUGUAAUUAUACAACUCAGUAAUUACACCAUCCCGUAAAGUAUGCCGUCCAGUAAGUAUACCGUCCAGUAAUAAUACCCUCCCACAAUUAUACCACCCCGUAAGAAUGCCCUACAGUAAGUAUACCCCCCCCCCAGAAACAAUACCAUAUCAAAAUUAUACCAUCCCGCAACUAUACCAUCCCGUAAUUAUACCAUCCAACAAUUAUACCAUCCCGUAAUGAUACCAUCCCGUAAUGAUACCAUCUCACAAUUAUACCAUCUCGUAAUAUACCAUCCCACUAUUAUACCAUCCCGUAAUUAUACCAUAUCGCAAUUAUACCAUCCCGUAAUUAUGCCAUAUCGCAAUUAUACAAUCCCGUAAUAUACCAUCCCACUAUUAUACCAUCCCGUAAUUAUGCCAUAUCGCAAUUAUACCAUCCCGUAAUUAUAUCAUCCCGCAAAUAUACCAUCCCGCAAAUAUACCCUUCCCGUAACUAUGCCAUCCAGUAAUUAUAACGUCUCGAAAAUUGAGCUUUCCUUAAAAUUUUCCAUCCAAUUUUUUUAGCGACCAAAAGUAAUGGUACCGUCCAGGUUAAACAAAAUAAAAAAAUUCAAUACAAAUAAAUGAAAAUCCGGAUGACCCCCACCCCCUCACCCCCCAGCCCCAUUAUUACCCUAACCCACAUUCAAACCCAUGAGACCUUAGUUCGUAGGACAACACAGGAAUCGCCUCUCACGUGAUCUACAAGAGACUGACCCACCUCUUUUGUUCUCCCGCCAGGUCAAUGAGCUCGCCGGUGCUUGUCAUAGCUGUGGCUCCAGACAUUACCAGGGCAUGGCAGUCGACCUCCACAACGAUGCCAGAAGUGCCGAGUACCUCGCGACAUGCACGUGAGUACACUUGUGGGGAUAUGUGUGGGGAAGGCUAUUGGAUGUGUUAACGGAAGUAGACAAUGAAAAAAAAACAACAAAAAACUUAAGCUCAGUGGUUCCCAAGCGUUUCCUAUUCUGGGCGACCGUGCUCAAUCCAGAUGGUCACAGGGGCGCAAUAGGUCAAAUUGAAAUGAGUUCAAUGCCAAAUAGUCAAUAAGUGUAAAGUAAAAACCGAUAUAUACGAAUAAAUACUACAAAAAUUAUUUUUACUAAUAUACGAAUUCAGAGUACCCAGAGUUCUAGCCUAAGCAAACAAACCAAAAAAAAACAACAACAAAAAACAAAGGUUAUGACAGAAUGCCACCAAGUAGCCAUUUAGAGAGGCUUCGGCAAGUAUUUAGUCCAAAUUGAGUUACUCUUCAGCACUAUGUCCGCUAGGUGUCACGCCCUGCACCAUUAAAUUGAAACAUGAACUAAAAUUAUGAACUUUUAAAACUAUUUCACGGCACCCCAAGUGAAGUAAAACCACGGCUCUUCAAAUGGGCCACCGAGGCACACUCUGUGAACCACUGUUCUAGCUAAUAGAAAACGUGACGUUUUAAACCACGGUUAAGAACUGAGCUGUUUAAACAGGCAAUGAGGCAGAUGUGACCAUGUCAUGUCAAACCAGAAGCUAUAAUGGAACACCAGAGGACAUCGGAUGUAAUGGAAGUCAAAACAUAAAUCAUCAUGUUUUUAAUAAUUGCAAAGCGCUUAGAGCUUUAUGGUAAGCGCUAUAUAAAAAUGCCUAAAUGAAUAAAUAAAUAAAGCUCAGCAUGCGCACCAAGAUGUUUUCAUUACAGCUCUCAUGUCAAGACCUUUAACAGAAAAGGUUGUUUUUAACGCCCAAAUAAUGCUAUAACAGAGCGUCAUCUCUCUCCAACAACGCCCAUGUAUCAUCAAACGUUAACCAUUGGCACUUUUUUCGAGUGUACCUUCUAUCAAAGCCAUGUAAAUGUAACACAUUACACUUACAUAAUAUAAUUGUUUUUUUUUCUCUCUAGGUCUUAGAUUCCAUCGUAUCUUUUUGUCUGAUUCGUUUCCGAGUUUCCAAUGAAUAACUUGGUCAACAAAUAGAUUAUCAUUAUUAUUAUUUUUUUUCUUCAAUUGCAGGUCCAUGGGAGGCUGGGGCCAGAACGAAGGCAACCAUAUCCACUGUCAGUUCACAAGUUAAGAUGUUGACCUCCUGAGCUUUGACUCUAGUGCUGUACAUAAAUAAAAUGAGAAUAAACAUUUCAAAUAAAGCGCAA